AUGGCCGCACCAGCAAUGGAAGCAACGAGCGAGCAAUUCCAGACACUAUAUAGCUCCAUGUCUAUUUUCGUGGACUCUUGUAUGUCCGGUCACGACCCCUCUCACAAUCCAGCCCACGUCCACCGCGUGGUCAACGUGGCCCUCGCCAUUCUCCAAGCCGAGCAAGCCCUGCACCCCGAGAAGCAGCUCAACACAGCAGUUGUCAAGCUCGCAGCCCUCCUGCAUGACAUCGGAGAUAGAAAAUAUCUCCAUAGCCUGUCAUCAGUGACGGGUUCAAAUGCUGAAUCACUCGAUCCCAAGACAAUGGUCGAGGUCGCCCUCCUCAAAAAUGGAGCUCCGGCAGAUCUGGCCUCCAAAGUGCAGACGAUCGUCUCGCACGUAUCCUACACAACAGAAUGCAAAGACCCUAGUGUGAUCCGCCGCCUAAUCGACGAGGGGCAUCCGGAGCUAGCGGUCGUGCAGGAUGCAGACAGGCUGGAUGCAAUUGGAGCCAUUGGCAUCGGCCGGACUUUCACGUUUCUCGGGGCGCAGGGGAAAAAAUUUGUCGGAGAUAAUGGCAAGUGGGAGAUGAAUAACUCGAUUGAGCAUUUUGGGGAUAAGUUGGAGAAAUUGGAGGGAAUGAUGAAGACGGAGACCGGGAAGAAGAUGGCUGGUGUGCGCACGGAGAGAUUAAGGGUGUUCCGCGGAUGGUGGGAGGAGGAGAUGGACGUUUCUUACCCUACUGCUUGA